CACACUGCUGCACUGUCGGAAGACAAAAGCGACACAAAAAGUGUCUCGUUCAUUUCGUCUGGGCGCAAAAAGUGCGACGCUUCUUGUUUUACAACUUUUUGCAGUGUUUUUCCACUCCGUAGUUCAAGAACUCCGGUGCAAAGUGAGCCUAACGGGCUUCUGUGGACAUUCAUCGCGGUCAGGGCGGUGGAAUUUCGUGGAGUGGACGGAUUUGAAGGUAUUUAUAUUGCCGCUUGCCUGCGAGGUGCAUUUUGUUUGUCGGUAAACAAAAGAAGCGUGCAUCAACAGUUCCAGGUGGUGCUCCGCCCUCGCGCAAAUUCAAGGCUGCUGCUUUCACUGAUCGUUGAGCGCGCGCGGAUGUUGUGAUUUGAGCUGGAUAAUGAAAGAGUGGUCCGAUCUGCUGCGGGAAAUCGAAAAGUUCAGCGACCACGACGACGAGAUGGAGUUCUGCGAGGACUUUGCCAAGCUGCAGAUGAUUUUCAAUCACACGAAUCAAUUUGUCCGGACGUUCGACAAGAUCGUAUUCCAUGGCGGGAAUGAACCGUACAUUAUCGAGAUUGUGGCCAGAUUGUUGAAAUACCUUCGCAUCCGGCGGUAUCUAAACGAAAACAACAAACCGAUUCCUGAGUGCGAGCAUCAGCUGCGGAAGAUUACUUUGUUUAUGGUCCUGAACACCGACGUCAGCUUCAAGUUUGAUUUGGCCAAGGAUACGAAGCUGUGCCACCUGUUGAAUACGAUUCCGCAGCUGACGAAGUGUCUGCUAAUUAAUUGCAUCUGGGGUGCGAGCCUGGAUGAGUAUUUCUACGAGAUUCUUUCGUACACGCCACAAUGGUUCAUGAUGCAGUUCGUGGACCAGGCGGUUACAAGUCUGAAGUUCUCCAAGCCGUACGAGAUUUUGGAGCGGGUCGAAUCGAUGGUGAAGGCGGUCUAUUUCAGUAUCUGCCGGACGGAUAAUGAUUGGAAGAAGAUCGACCGCAAUCGGUUCGUGGAGCAGCAGCGCACGCUUGCGAAGUUGUUCGACUAUUUGAUGGAACUGCUUCGGUACUUUAACACCCCGGAUAUGAGCAAAUUCGAGCGGUGGUCCAAGUUGAGUAUGCACCGAUAUUACGGAUUUGCGUUGAAGCACAUGUUCGGCAUUGUACUUUACUGUAUGGAUCUGUAUCUGAACAAGAGCCUUUUUAAAGUCGAUGAGAAAAUGAAAAUUUUCGAGAUUAUGGGUGAAGAGCACGUUCCGAAGAGGGAAAUUCCGGAGCAGUACUCACAAGGGACGGACAGUUACCUUAUGAAAAUUAACAAUUGCCUUCUGAACACGCUGCAGACCUGCGUCAUGGAAGUAACCAUCGAUGGGUUUAUGUAUUGGGUGGAGAUCGAGAUAAGUGCAGGAAACCAAGACGAGAAGAUUUCUCUUCAGCAAUUUAUUGGCGAAUCGGCAUUCAGGUUGUGCGAAAUGCUCAAAGACAUAAAAAUCUUGCAGCACAACGUUUUGAAACAGUUACCUGCUAUCUCGCUACGACCAAAAUCCCAAGCUGAAAAAGCCAUGGAAUUGUCCAUGCGAGAUUUGAUGGAGAAACUGGAGACAACCCGGGAAAUCUUCGAAAGAAAGCUUUUCUUCAACGAAUUCCUCCGCCGAGGAACGCAAGUCUUUGGUAACAGCGAAUGUCUGGAGCUUAUCGAGCAAAACAUGGAUCUGAUCUCCGGAGACAACGUACGGAAACUAAUCGAAUACGACAAUCGACCAGUCGAAGCAGACGAAAUGGAAUCGGACGAACCGUCCGAUGAGGCCAUCAAACUGCGCCAACUAAUCCUAAAAUCCGUAGACUAUCUUCUCCUAGAGGAAGCCAACUCGCUGAUCAAAUUCAUGAUAGCAACUUACGGCCUUGAGUACGAUCGCUAUCGAACACCCACUCUGGUCGAAGAAAUCGUCGAAUACACCAACCGUUUCAACUCCGCCUCGAUGCAGCUCGGCGCCGACGAGUCCGACAUCCCAUUCCGGCUAAUCUUCCAGUGCCCGUCGCUCUUCUAUCAACGUCUUACCCGUUCCCUGUACGACUCCAGUUUCAACAAUGCCAACUACAUCUACGCCAUUACGCAGGUCAUUGCCAAAACCAAAUCGCUGGCCGUGCCCUAUCUCAGCGCCCAGGUCCGCUCGUUACUCUCCGACCAGUUCGAAAUCAUCAAAUCCAACUCGCUCUCGGUGUUCGUCCUGAAACUGUACGGACUGGAUCUGUUCGAGCGGAACCACUUCCUCCAGGGCUACCUGCUGCAGGGUGCCGACGAAGCCUUCCGCAAAUCCAACUUUGUCGCGCUGACGGAAGUGCUCGGCCUAAUGCAUCUGGUCGUCGACAAGAAUCUCCAUGUGUUCAAGCUGGACAGCCUGAAGCAGGUGACGCUCAAGCUGGCUGAAAUUUCCGAAAAGCUGCGGUUCGACGUUACCAAAUUGGAGCCGGUUCAUCCGCAGGGGAUCGAGCGAAUCGUGCUGCUCGAGAAGAUUUUGAAGAUCAUAUCCGGGCCGGUGCGGACGUUGCGAGCGCUCAAGGAAGAAUCCAAACGUCGCUUCCGGGAACUAACGGAACGUUUCGCUCCCAUCACCAAGUUCUACUUCCAUCGGGUUUGGAUCAACUACGCUGCUGGCCAGACGCCACAGGAGUUCGGCAAGUUCCUUCAUCAGGGCGCUAUAAGCGAAGCCUCGACGCAGACACAGGUGCGGUUAUUCCUGUCUAAGACGCUGGUACAGUGUACGGCCGGAGAAGCGGAACGGCUGGCGCGGGAUCCGGUACUGCUCCCACAUAUGAAUGACUCGGUGCUGAUCAUUAUGGUGCUGCUGGUGGACAACGUGAACCACUACGAGUGCCUCAAAACCUGUCUGACAAACUAUCUGCACGUGGUGCAGAAACACCUUCUCCCACCACUCGUCACUCCGGAAGCCAAACCUGCUGAGUGUGCUGCCCUAGUGAAAUUUCUUAACAAGCUGAUCGCCAAACUGCCCGCCAGCACCCGAGAGCGUCUACUAGCAGCCAUGACCUUCGGCCUGUCGGCAAUUAUCAAACAGUUGCGCACUGCGAACGCCUCGCUGGAUCUGAGUGAGAUCGAAAAAGUAUUAAACCUAGAGCAGCUGCAAUCUUCCACCGAGGCGGCCGUCACUUCCAAGCUUCGCCAUCAGCACCUGAACCGUAGCGAUUCGUCUUCGCCGUCUUCGUCGUCGUCAACCAGUAUCGACUCGGUGGCGGCUUCACCGCCGCCGGGACUAUCACACCUGCAGCACAAUGGGACGAAAGAGGAAGGCGGGGGAGCGGAGCCAUCCGCCAUGGUGACGGAAUAGUGCGGGUUGAGGAGGAGAUUUUUAAGGUAAGAUUUACAAACUCUCCAGAAGAUGACUUCCGGAUUACACAGUGCGCGCAAGACACACUCAACAUUGAUGAAUACGGGACAAAAGAAGCAAACGUGAUCAUUUUAUAAUUCUAUUCGAAAUGGGAUACAAAGUUAGACAUAGUUACUUAUUUAUGUACGUUUUUCUUUCGGUAAAAAAUGACGAUAAUCACACAAACAUCGAUUUUUCCGUUUGUAACUUUUUGCAAAUGCUUGCAAGCCAUUCAAUGAAGAGCACACUGCAAGCUACGACUGCAAAGCUUAUCAAGAUAAUAAACCAUUCUAAGAACUGUAAGUAUCGCAA